AGGUUUCCGUGGAGACAGCGGAGCCUGAAGAAGGUGGCGGCGGCGGCGGCGGCGGCACCUGCGAGCGGAGGCUGAGGCAGGGCAUGGCGGUGCUGUCGGCCCUGUAAGAGCUAAGCGGCCGCGGACCCCGCCAUGCAUCGGUGGCCCUGACAUGGGCGCCAGCGGCUCCAAAGCUCGGGGCCUGUGGCCCUUCGCCUCGGCGGCGGGGGGCGGCGGCCCGGAGGCGGCGGUCGCUGAGCAAGCUUUGGUGCGACCGCGGGGCCGAGUCGUGCCCCCCUUCGUAUUCACGCGCCGCGGCUCCAUGUUCUAUGACGAGGAUGGGGAUCUGGCUCACGAGUUCUAUGAGGAGACAAUCAUCACCAAGAACGGGCAGAAGCGGGCCAAGCUGAGGCGGGUGCAUAAGAACCUGAUUCCUCAGGGCAUCGUGAAGCUGGAUCCCCCCCGCAUCCACGUGGAUUUCCCUGUGAUCCUCUAUGAGGUGUGAGCCUGGGAGGUGGCAGGCAUAAACACCCCCUGCCCCAGCAAGAAACCCCCAGGCACAAGGUGUGGCUUCCAUUGAGGAACCUAGGCUGGGGCCACAACCCUGAAUAAACUCCACUGGCCUGGAACCUUCAGCUGUGAGCAGGGUAGUCCUACAAUGUUGGUUGGGUGUUGGUUUGCAUAUGGACAAGAAGUGGCUGAUGGCUGGCGAGGGCUGAUGGCGAAGUUAGCAGCCCACCUUUCCCAGCAAUCCCUACGAGGAGCAUGGCAGGGCAUAUGCUGGUCAGGAAGGCCAGGUUCCUGUGCCCUUGCCUGGCCUGCCUUCUUCCACGCUUGCCUAGGGCCCAGCCCUGAUAGAGGCUACAGCACUUUACAAGCAAGGUCUGCCUUCUUCCAGCCCCAGGGCUGUGGGAGCUGUACACAGUGGGAACUUCCUUUCCCUCACUUCCUUUACCCUCUCGUUGGAGCAUUUCAGCCGUUUGCUACCUCGAUUCCUCCUGUGUUGGACAGAGGCUAAGGGCAGCGCAAGCCUGAUCUUUCCUGCCUACCUGCCCAUCUGUUCCCACCCCCAAAUGGAUGGACAGUUUGCUGGCUGUUAAUAAGAGUUAGGACUGGUGUGGGAGGCAUCUCCCUCGACCCAGGGUGAAGCUGAUCUCUCCCCACUACAACUAGUUGUGUCCCCCCCCACAGACACACACUGCACCACCAAUUGAGAGGGCAUAGGAUGGGGAUCAGGAAGGGCUCUGGAUGCCUGUGCCUGUCGGGAGUUGCCCUAUCCCACCUACUCUGUCUAAUCUCCCUUGCCCUUACACAUCCAGUGCCCUGUGUAAGGGACAGCACCUGAGCGCUGGUGCCAGUAGCUCUGAGGAGCCCACCUCCCCUUCCCCUACAGUAUACCCAUCUCUUCAGGAUCAGUCAAGAGAAAGUACUGGAACCCCUGGAUAGGGACAGAAAGGAGAGAACCAUAAAAGGAAUACUUAAAAUGUGAAAGCUUGUAAAUAGUCUAGUCCAUGAUAUUGUUGGAGCAGAGUCUGAUUUCUACAUAGAAAUCACUGUUUUUUGUUUUUAAAUCCUUACUGUGCGAACUCUGUGCUUUAAGAGUGUGAGAAAUGGCUUGGGGAGGGUAGCCCUCAAUCUAGGGAGGCUGUUGUGUUGUUUGUUCAAUAAAAUUGUUUGUAGACCCUGCA